GUUUCACAUGGAUAAUUACACCAGUGAUGAAGAGGUAGAGGAUGACUUUGAUACCCAGCUCAUCAUUCAACAGAGUUUACAGGAUAGUCACAAGCCAGGAAAUACACAGCAGGCACUCGAGGAUGAGAGCUUCCAUUCCUUUGUGAGCACUGCCUGGAAGAAGAUAGUUGAAACAAUAGAGACAGGUAAGGAAGAUGCAUUGUCACACUUGACCAAGUACUAUUCUGCUUUUGAUGAAGCAGAUGGGAUAGGCUGGCUUCCUCUGCAUAAGGCUGCAGUGCAAUUAAAUAAGAACAUUUUGGAAAUAACCCUGAAAGCUUCAAAACCCAGUGCGUGGGAGCAAACCACCCACAAUGGUGAAACGCCACUUUUUUUGGCUGUCAGCAAUUGCCUCUUAGAAAAUGCCCGUAUUCUUCUUCUCAAUGGCUGCAAUCCAGAUGCUAAGAAUUUUGAAGGCAAUUCUCCUCUUCUUACAGCUGUUCUACAUGACUCCUACGACAUGGCCUCCUUGCUGAUUAGUUAUGGGGCAGAUGUCAAUCUACGGUGUGCCAACGAGAGGACAGCUCUCCAUGAGGCAGCCAAACUGGGCAGACAGGACAUGGUGAAGCUUAUGCUGCUUUCUGGGGCACACCCUGACCCACAGAGCUCCUAUGGAUUCACUCCUCUUGCUCUUGCUGCCCAGAGUGGACACACCGAAAUCAUGGAAAUAUUACUGCAGAAAGGAGCUAAUGCUCUUGGUCAGGCCUCUGAUUCUUCUUCUAUCUUACUUGAAGCCGCUAGUGGAGGAAAUCCAGACUCCGUGACUCUCUUGCUAGAGUAUGGAGCUGAUGCCAACAUCCCUAAGAAUUCAGGCCACCUGCCCAUUCAUGUGGCAGCUGACAGAGGCCACUUGUUAGCUUUAAAGAUUUUGGUUCCAGUUACGGAUUUUGCUGCCAUUAAGCGGAGUGGCAUCAGUCCAGUUCACUGUGCAGCAGCAGGAGCACAUCCUGAAUGCCUGGAACUUCUCAUCCAGGCUGGAUUUGACGUAAAUUUCAUGCUAGAUCAGAGACUUCGCAAACACUAUGAUGACCAUAGGAAGUCAGCUUUGUAUUUUGCUGUAUCAAAUGGCGACCUCUCUUCAGUUAAGCUGCUUCUGAGUGCUGGAGCUCUGCCUAAUCAAGACCCAGUUAACUGCCUUCAGAUAGCCCUAAGGAUGGGCAAUUAUGAGCUGAUAAGUCUGCUACUGCGGCAUGGGGCCAACGUCAAUUACUUCUGUAGAGUCAACCCUUUACAUUUCCCAUCAGCACUGCAGUACACACUGAAAGAUGAAGUCAUGCUCAGGAUGCUGUUAAAUUAUGGGUAUGACACAGAGCGAUGCUUCGAUUGUCCUCAUGGAGACAAAGUUCAUCCUUUCUAUACUUUUGAAGGCUGGACAUCUACAGUUAUCAAAGAUACUAUGUUCUGUGAAGUAAUAACUUUGUCAUGGCUGCAACAUCUCUCUGGAAAGGUCGUUCGAGUGAUGCUUGAUUAUGUUGAUCAAGUUCAGAUCUGUUCAAAGUUGAAAGCUGUGCUCCAAAAACAGGGGCUCUGGUCAGAAAUUCAUUUUAUCUUGACAAACCCUCGCUCCCUAAAACAUUUGUGCCGCCUAAAGAUCCGGAAGUGUAUGGGACGUUUACGUUUGCGCUGCCCUGUCUUCAUGUCAUUUCUUCCGUUACCCAAUCGUCUAAAAGCAUAUGUCCUUUAUGAAGAAUAUGACCUUUAUGGACAAGGGAUUCUCACAGGAACCGGGUAAUCAAGCUAUUUUGGAUGAAAAGGACAACAAACUGCCCCUCACUACCGGCUUGGUUUGGUCUACUGGAAGCAGCUAUCAACCGACUUUGUUCCUCUAAGUCCUAGUGGAAAA